AGGGUGUGACUCUGUCCUCAGAUCAGAUUGACUCAGACUCCAGGACUGACGAGGGAGAAUGAGCAGCUUCUUCUCUCCAAAUGUUUCCUCUACACAUGAAGGUGGAAAGUGUCUGUAAGUCGACCUGAAGUGAGUUCAGCAGAUCAGAUUGACUCAGACUCCAGGACUGAUGAGGGAGAAUGAGCAGCUUCUUCUCUCCAAAUGUUUCCUCUACACAUGAAGGUGGAAAGUGUCUGUAAGUCGACCUGAAGUGAGUUCAGCAGCAGGUGGAGGCUCUGCUAUGAAUCAGAGUGAGGACAGAGAGGAGGGAGUCCCUCCCUCUAAAACCACUCUGUGUGGGGAACAUGAGAGCCAGACCAAAGCUCAGAGGUUAAAAUUCCUUUUCAUUUGCCACUUGUUUGUUUGUGUCAGGAUUCAGCAGCAGAGACCAGACUUUCCUGAACCCAGCUAUGUACCUGUGCAUAGUGACUGGUCUACGUCUCGUUCUUUCGGCUUUGGCGCUAGACACCCAUCUGACAGAGGGAUGCAGCAGCAGAGACCAGACUUUCCUGAACCCAGAUAUGUACCUGUGCGGAGUUCCAGUUCUAAGUCUCUUCUUUUUGGCUUUGGCGCUAGACACCCAUCUGACAGAGGGAUGCAGCAGCAGAGACCAGACUUUCCUGAACCCAGAUAUGUACCUGUGCGGAGUUCCAGUUCUAAGUCUCUUCUUUUUGGCUUUGGCGCUAGACACCCAUCUGACAGAGGGAUGCAGCAGCAGAGACCAGACUUUCCUGAACCCAGAUAUGUACCUGUGCGGAGUUCCAGUUCUAAGUCUCUUCUUUUUGGCUUUGACGCUAGACACCCAUCUGACAGAGGGAUGCAGCAGCAGAGACCAGACUUUCCUGAACCCAGAUAUGUACCUGUGCGGAGUUCCAGUUCUAAGUCUCUUCUUUUUGGCUUUGGCGCUAGACACCCAUCUGACAGAGGGAUGCAGCAGCAGAGACCAGACUUUCCUGAACCCAGAUAUGUACCUGUGCGGAGUUCCAGUUCUAAGUCUCUUCUUUUUGGCUUUGGCGCUAGACACCCAUCUGACAGAGGGAUGCAGCAGCAGAGACCAGACUUUCCUGAACCCAGAUAUGUACCUGUGCGGAGUUCCAGUUCUAAGUCUCUUCUUUUUGGCUUUGACGCUAGACACCCAUCUGACAGAGGGAUGCAGCAGCAGAGACCAGAGUCUCCUCACCCCAGCUAUGUUUCUUUGCAGAGUGACUGGUCUAAGUCUCUUCCUCCUGGCUUUUGUGAUAGACACCCAUCUGACAGAGGGAUGCAGCAGCAGAGACCAGACUUUCCUGAACCCAGAUAUGUACCUGUGCGGAGUUCCAGUUCUAAGUCUCUUCUUUUUGGCUUUGACGCUAGACACCCAUCUGACAGAGGGAUGCAGCAGCAGAGACCAGACUUUCCUGAACCCAGAUAUGUACCUGUGCGGAGUUCCAGUUCUAAGUCUCUUCUUUUUGGCUUUGGCGCUAGACACCCAUCUGACAGAGGGAUGCAGCAGCAGAGACCAGACUUUCCUGAACCCAGAUAUGUACCUGUGCGGAGUUCCAGUUCUAAGUCUCUUCUUUUUGGCUUUGGCGCUAGACACCCAUCUGACAGAGGGAUGCAGCAGCAGAGACCAGACUUUCCUGAACCCAGAUAUGUACCUGUGCGGAGUUCCAGUUCUAAGUCUCUUCUUUUUGGCUUUGACGCUAGACACCCAUCUGACAGAGGGAUGCAGCAGCAGAGACCAGAGUCUCCUCACCCCAGCUAUGUUUCUUUGCAGAGUGACUGGUCUAAGUCUCUUCCUCCUGGCUUUUGUGAUAGACACCCAUCUGACAGAGGGAUGCAGCAGCAGAGACCAGAGUCUCCUCACCCCAGCUAUGUUUCUUUGCGGAGUGACUGGUCUAAGUCUCUUCCUCCUGGCUUUUGUGAUAGACACCAAUCUGACAGAGGAGUUCAUCAGGAGAGCUCAGAGGUCCACAGUGAUCCCCAGCAGCAUCAACCAGACCUGGACUUUAUAUUUAUGAUGCUGGAGGAGAACAUCAUCACUUUUGUGAAAAAUGAGCUCCAGAGAGUCCAGAGGGUCCUGAGACCAGAUUACCUAAAAGGCUUAAAGAGUCAGAGAGAAGAUGAGGAGGUGUUGGAUGAGGGUAAAGAGCAGAGGAGCAGCAGAGAGGAGUUUCUGAAGAUCACAGUGAACUUCCUGAGGAGAAUGAAGCAGGAGGAGCUGGCUGACUGUCUGUGGAGCAAAAAUCAUGCUGCAGUUUGUCAACGUAAACUUAAAUCUAACCUGAAGAAGAAGUUCCAGUGUUUGUUUGAGGGGAUCUCUAAAGCAGGAAACCCAACCCUUCUGAAUCAGAUCUACACAGAGCUCUACAUCACAGAGGGAGGGACUGGAGAGGUCAGUGAUGAACAUGAGGUCAGACAGAUUGAAACAGCAUCCAGGAAACCAGACAGACCAGAAACAACCAUCAGACAAGAAGACAUCUUUAAAGCCUCACCUGGAAGAGAUGAACCAAUCAGAACAGUGAUGACAAAGGGAGUGGCUGGCAUUGGGAAAACAGUCUUAACACAGAAGUUCACUCUGGACUGGGCUGAAGACAAAGCCAACCAGGACAUACACUUCACAUUUCCAUUCACUUUCAGAGAGCUGAAUGUGCUGAAAGAGAAAAAGUUCAGCUUGGUGGAACUUGUUCAUCACUUCUUUACUGAAACCAAAGAAGCAGGAAUCUGCAGGUUUGAAGAGUUCCAGGUUGUGUUCAUCUUUGACGGUCUGGAUGAGUGUCGACCUCCUCUGGACUUCCACAAAACUGAGAUCCUGACUGAUGUUACAGAGUCCACCUCAGUGGACAUGCUGCUGAUAAACCUCAUCAGGGGGAAACUGCUUCCCUCUGCUCGCCUCUGGAUAACCACACGACCUGCAGCAGCCAAUCAAAUCCCUCCUGAGUGUGUUGACAUGGUGACAGAGGUCAGAGGGUUCACUGACCCACAGAAGGAGGAGUAUUUCAGGAAGAGGUUCAGAGAUGAGGAGCAGGCCAGCAGGAUCAUCUCCCACAUCAAGACCUCACGAAACCUCCACAUCAUGUGCCACAUCCCAGUCUUCUGCUGGAUCACUGCUACAGUUCUGGAGGAUGUGUUGAAAACCAGAGAGGGAGGAGAGCUGCCCAAGACCCUGACUCAGAUGUACAUCCACUUCCUGGUGGUUCAGUCCAAACUGAAGACCAUCAAGUAUGAUGGAGGAUCUGGGACAGAUCCACACUGGAGUCCAGAGACCAGGAAGAUGAUUAAGUCUCUGGGAAAACUGGCUUUUGAGCAGCUGCAGAAAGGAAACCUGAUCUUCUAUGAAUCAGACCUGACAGAGUGUGGCAUCGAUAUCACAGCAGCCUCAGUGUACUCAGGAGUGUUCACACAGAUCUUUAAAGAGGAGAGAGGACUGUACCAGGACAAGGUGUUCUGCUUCGUCCAUCUGAGUGUUCAGGAGUUUCUGGCUGCUCUUCAUGUCCAUCUGACCUUCAUCAAGUCUGGAGUCAAUCUGAUGUCAGAGGCAACAUCGAGGUCUAAACUGUUUAGAGACAAACCUAAACCAACACGUUUCUACCAGAGUGCUGUGGACAAGGCCUUACAGAGUCCAAAUGGACACCUGGACUUGUUCCUCCGCUUCCUCCUGGGUCUUUCACUACAGACCAAUCAGACUCUCCUACGAGGUCUGCUGACACAGACAGGAAGUGGCUCACAGACCAAUCAGAAAACAGUCCAGUACAUCAAGAAGAAGAUUGAAGAGACUCCCUCUGCAGAGAAAAGCAUCAACCUGUUCCACUGUCUGAAUGAACUGAAUGAUCGUUCUCUAGUGGAGGAGAUCCAACAGUACCUGAGUUCAGGAAGUCUCUCCACAGAUAAACUAUCUCCUGCUCAAUGGUCAGCUCUGGUCUUCAUCUUACUGUCAUCAGAAAAAGAUCUGGAUAUGUUUGACCUGAAGAAAUACUCUGCUUCAGAGGAGGCUCUUCUGAGGCUGCUGCCAGUGGUCAAAGCCUCCAACAAAGCUCUGCUGAGCGGCUGUAACCUCUCAGAGAGAAGCUGUGAAGCUCUGUCCUCAGUUCUCAGCUCCCAGUCCUCUAGUCUGAGAGAUCUGGACCUGAGUAACAACGACCUGCAGGAUUCAGGAGUGAAGCUGUUUACAGCUGGACUGGAGAGUCCACACUGUAAAUUGGAAACACUCAGUCUGUCAGGUUGUCUGAUCACAGAGGAAGGCUGUUCUUCUCUGGCCUCAGCUCUGAGUUCCAACCCCUCCCAUCUGAGAGAGCUGGACCUGAACUACAAUCAUCCAGGAGACUCAGGAGUGAAGCUGCUGUCUGCUGGACUGGAGGAUCCACACUGGAGACUGGACACUCUCAGGAUGGACCAUGGUGGACCACAGAGACUGAGACCUGGUGUGAGAAAGUACGCCUGUGAACUGGAACUGGACACAAACACAGUGAACAGAUUCCUCAAACUGUCUGACAACAACAGGAAGGUGACAUGGGGAGAGGAUCAGUCAUAUCCUGAUCAUCCAGACAGAUUUGAUGUCUGGCCUCAGCUGCUGUGUAGAACUGGUCUGACUGGUCGCUGUUACUGGGAGGUCGAGUGGAGUGGAGAGGUUCAUAUAUCAGUGAGUUACAGAGGAAUCAGAAGGAAAGGAUAUAGUGAUGACUGUUUGUUUGGAAGAAAUGAUCAGUCCUGGAGUCUGAGCUGCUCUGAUGGUCGUUACUCUGUCUGUCACAAUAACAGAGGAGCAACCAUCACCUCCCCCCCCCUCUCCCCCUCCUCCUCCUCUGUCUCUAACAGAGUAGCAGUGUAUGUGGACUGUCCUGCUGGCUCUCUGUCCUUCUACAGAGUCUCCUCUGACAAACUGAUCCACCUCCACACCUUCAACACCAUAUUCACUGAACCUCUGUAUCCUGGGUUUAGACUCUGGUCUGGUUCCUCAGUGUCUCUGUGUGAUCUGUAGGUCUGAGAGUCUGUGGACAGAAACACUGACUGACUCCAGGUGAAUCUGUUCACCAUCACACACAGUCUGGUUGGCUUUUCCUUUCAGCCCAACAGACCUGCAGCUUGAUCCAAACAUUUUCUUGGUCUUCAGAUCUUACUGGCUCACAUAAAUAAGUUU